AUGGGGCUGAGUCAGGUGAGCGCGGUCUUCUUUGACCUGGACAACACGCUCAUCAACACGGCCGAGGCGAGCCGGAGAGGCAUGAUGGAGGUGAUAAAGCUCUUACAAUCAAAAUACCACUACAGAGAAGAGGCAAAAGUCAUCUGCGAUAAAGUUCAAGUUAAACUCAGCAAGGAAUGCUUUCAUCCUUACAGUACCUGCAUUACAGACGUGAGGACUGAACACUGGGAAGAAGCCAUCCAGGAGACCAAAGGUGGUGCUAACCAUAGGAAAUUGGCAGAAGAAUGUUAUUUCCUAUGGAAAUCUACGCGUUUACAGCAUAUGACCCUAGCAGAAGAUGUCAAAGCCAUGCUCGCUGAACUUCACAAAGAGGUUCGCCUACUCUUGUUAACAAAUGGUGACAGACAGACCCAGAGGGAGAAGAUCGAGGCUGCUUGCACCUGCCAGUCUUAUUUUGAUGCUAUUGUUGUAGGAGGAGAGCAGAAAGAGGAGAAACCAGCACCUUCCAUAUUUUAUCACUGCUGUGAUCUCCUUGGAGUGCAGCCAGGGGACUGCAUGAUGGUUGGUGACACACUAGAAACCGAUAUACAAGGAGGCCUCAGUGCAGGACUGAGAGCCACAGUCUGGAUAAACAGGAAUGGAAGGGUGCCGCUGACAUCAUCCCCCAUGCCUCACUACAUGGUUUCCUCAGUGCUGCAAUUACCUGCUCUCUUACAAAGCAUAGAUUGCAAAGUCAGCAUGUCUGUGUAA